AUGGCAGCCGCUGGAGCACAACAACCAGCACAAGGUGAUCAGAACUUUGAUUAUAUGUUCAAGUUGCUGAUCAUUGGCAACUCAUCAGUGGGGAAGACAUCGUUUUUAUUCCGCUAUUGUGACGAUUCAUUCACGUCGGCUUUCGUCUCUACCGUAGGAAUCGAUUUUAAGGUCAAGACUGUAUUCCGAGGCGACAAACGAGUAAAACUACAAAUAUGGGACACAGCAGGACAAGAGCGUUACCGUACCAUUACAACGGCAUACUAUCGUGGUGCUAUGGGUUUUAUCCUUAUGUACGACAUCACAAAUGAAGAAUCCUUCAAUAGCGUACAAGACUGGUGCACCCAAAUCAAAACAUAUUCGUGGGAGAACGCCCAGGUAGUUCUGGUAGGCAACAAAUGCGAUAUGGAUGCCGAACGUGUGGUAUCAAUCGAAAGAGGCAGACAACUUGCCGAUCAACUAUCUCUCGAAUUCUUUGAAACUUCGGCCAAGGAGAAUAUUAAUGUGAAGGCCGUUUUCGAGAAACUGGUGGAAAUAAUCUGCGAUAAAAUGGCCGAAAGCCUUGAUAAGAAUGAUGCGCCACAAACUCAGGAAACCAGCUCAAAAAUCCAUCAGGAAAAAGAUCAAAAAGAAAAGGAAGAGCCUGCUGGAUGGAUGGCAUUCUAUCCAAAGAGCUUGAAAACACUCGUUAUUCUGGCACUGGUGUUUCUGAUGCAUAUUUGGGCAGGGUCUGAGUUUGUUUACGGUUUUCUGUCGAAACCUCCACCGAUCUGUCAAAUGAAGCCUGUUCUCGUCUUCUCGGCAUUUCAAGUGCUUGUAUUUUUCGGAUCGGUUGUUUCCCUUCUCUAUUAUUACGGUAUCAUUCAAUGGGUCCUAAAAAGAAUGGCAUAUUUAAUGCAACUUACACUCGGCACAACAGCUGUUGAGUCACUAAAUGCAUGUGCCUGCGUUUUUCUUGGACAGUCAGCAUUGCUCGUUCGUCCAUAUUUGGAAAAGCAGACGUCAUCAGAGUUACACGCCAUCAUGGCCAGUGGUUUCUCAUGCAUUGCCGGAUCGUUGUUCGCUGCCUAUGUCUCUUUUGGUGCCUGUCCAAAAUACCUCCUCUCCUCUUCUGUUAUGUCAGCUCCUGCUUCACUGGCAUUUGCAAAGAUAAUAGUCCCGGAAACCGAAGAGAGCCAAUCACGGAAAGUUUCGGAUCUCGAUCUCCCAUCCAGUGAAGAGGACAAUCCUAUAGAAUCCAUCUCGAACGGAGCCAUUGCUGGAGUCCACAUUGUCGUUGCUAUCGCUGCGAACCUCGUCGCUGUCUUAGCCCUACUCGCCCUGGUGGACAGUAUCCUAUUCUACUUCGGAGAUCUCCUAGGUUACGGGCCAUGGAGUUUGGAGAAUCUGCUCCAGUAUUUGAUGUUUCCUGUAGCAUUUGUUAUGGGAGUAAUUGGAGAUACUCAAGAAACUCUAGCUGUUGCUCGUUUGAUUGCCACAAAAACCGCUGUGAACGAAUUCGUGGCGUAUCGGAAUCUGGGUGAAAUGAUCUCGGAUAGAUCGCUACAGAUCAGUCCUCGAUCAGCCAUGAUUGCCACCUAUGCACUCUGUAGUUUUUCCAAUCUGGGCACUGUAGGAAUAGUAAUGGGAGUAUUGGGAGGCAUGGUUCCGUCUAAACGUCACAUUCUUGCUCGCAUGGUGUUCCGGGCGCUAAUUUGCGGAUGUGUUUGCUGUCUCUAUACAGCUGCUCUAGCAGGCGUUCUCGUGGGUGAACCGCUUCACUGCCAACCUUCUUCGGCGGCUACUGCAUGUUUCGAUACAUCGAAAGCGGUCAACUCUUCUUUAUUGCAAGGAUUAUAA